UGUUUCCAAGGAGGCCAGAGCAACGGAGGAGAGGGGACGGAUAGGAACGAGAUGGGCUUGCUUGCUUGUCGCAUGGACUUCAUUUGAGAGGCUUUUGCUUCUCGUUCGGUUUGUCCACAUCGGCGUGGCACGCGGCCGCCCACGGGGACUAGUCUGCCCUUCCGCCACCGGGCGGCGCUAUUGGGACCAAUGUCACGGCCGUGGAUGUUUUCGUCUCCCAGCUCACCUCCAACGCGAGCAGACACAGAGCUGCACUCCGAGGAUAUUUGGUGUCAGUGCGAGCGGGGAGUUACUAUUCUGGACCUCAGAGCGUGUGGACCGAGUCCUUUUUCUCCCUUUGUCUCUCGUGAAAAAUAAAUGCUUCCGCUGGAUGUAAUAAAACGCCGCCUUAUUGUUCAUAACUGCACUCGAGACGAACAUGAUACGACUCGAACGGCGUCUUUCGGCUGCGAUUAUAUGGGCCUGAUCAAAGCCAGUGGUCAGGGGGAACUGUUUUGGGGAUGUAAUCGCCGAGCAGCUGUGAAAAUGAAGAUUUAAUAGCAACGAUUAAUAACUGUAACACAAUGAUAUUGAUAGGCCCCAAUGCCGGUUGUGUGUAAGCCAAAACAAUUUAAGACGCACAGAUAAUUAAUUCGUGUAUUUGGUUUCUUUACUGGCUCAUAUGUCCCUUAAGGAACAGGCCGCUGUGGGGAAAAGUACACAAACCGUAUUAAGUCGGUCAGCUCUGUAGUGAAUUAUUUAAUGAAUGGCGUAUAUAUGUAUUACAAAUGUUUGGUGCAAGGCCUUUGUCUCUAAACCUCUUGCGCCGUAGAAAGGUAUCUGCUAUUUAUUUAAACAUAAUGUCAUUUGGAAUUUGAAAUACAUGAUGCAUUGUUAUUGUGUAUACUUAAAUGUUAUCCAAAAAACUUUCAGUCAUUCAAGCCAUUUGAAAUAUUUGCAUUUUCAGCGGCAGUGAUCUAAAAUCUAAGCUGUAAAUACACGAGCUGUCAAUGACGGAGCGUUUGAAAUCGUUAAUGGGCUCAAUUUAUGAAUUUCUACCAAAUUUCCUCAGUUCCGUACAACAGGCUGCAAACAAACCCGGGGGGGGCUAACGGCCACCUGGGCCUGGUAAUGGGAAAGCUGGCCGAGAUUAGCUUCAACCUGGAGAGAGCAUUAGAGUGCACAUGGCCAAGGACACUGGAAGGAGAGUUUUAUUGUGGCCCUUAUUGCCCAAAAUUGGACCAACAGGAUGACAACCUCUAUGUCUGCUUUGCUUUGCUACAUUGAGCCUGCUCUUUGCACAUGCGGCGCCACGAUCAAUACUCUGAUAACGUAAUUUCUUUUAAUUCUGAGUAGUUUUGAUUUUUUUUAAAAUAUGUUUUCUUCGUAUAGUGCAGCAUUUAUCAGCAUUUUCAUGAAAACACAUUUGUCCAUACGUAAAAAAGAAAAGAAAAGGCAGGUUUACCUUUUUUUCAAAUGCGUAAAGACAAGUUGGGUACAUGUUAACAUUUCUAAAUCCGUAAUUAAUCAAAAAUAUCUGAACACGACAAUUGUUAAUAUAAAUCAUAAUUUUACAUCUUUAAAAAUAGUAAUGUGUAGUGCACGAUGUAUAACAUUUUUAUCAGGUCAUUCAUGACAAAGAAGAAAACCAAGACCAAAAGGCUACAAGGAAUUAGUAAUACAUGCAGUUAUAUAUGGUAUUUGGGGAAUUGAAUGUAUAAAAGUUGUUAUAAAUAGUUGAACAAUAUAAAACAAAUAUUUAUAUGCAGCCUGUUUUUGGUUAAUUCAUCUUCAAUUGUUUUUAGUCACCGGUGUCGAGGAUUUAGUUUGCCAUUAUUUACGCACGGGGAUAGAUGUUACACUAAAUUUGCCUUAAUCAAGAUUGAAGUUAUCCGAUAUUUUUCUUAAAUUAGAACGGACUAAAGUAAUAGUGUAAUGAGACGUUCAUUCUGCAGCAAUACAACAGAAUCAACUUCAUAGUUCAGGUCGCUACACGUAAACAUUUUUCUAGUCUCAUUUUACUCGCUCAGGAAAUAGACAUACAGCAAAAAUACUGUGACAACUAAGCUUAACAACAGUGAACAUGAACACAGAAAUGUUUUAUGUGUGCAUACACAAUAAUGGUUUUAUUUUUUAGAUGGUUCACGUGCAAACACAUAUACAGACAGUACAGGCCAUGCAAUGUCUGCAGAUUAUAAAUAAAGAACAAAGUUUAAAAAAAAACUAUAUCAAUCUUCAGAAAACACUGAUCUUAGCACAGCUCAGUAUUUCUUUCAGCUAAUGGACGCCCCAAAAUUAUUAUGUAUUUAUCGGGCGGAUUCAUAAUUAAGAAAACGUUAUUAUAGUCCAUCUGUUUUGUUAUUGUAUGUCUUUGUUGGUAGGAUACAUCAUUCUUAUUUGAGGUCUAAGGUUUUUUUUUUUUACCAACCUGAUUAAUCUGAUUUGCACCUAUUUAGAUUCGUGGUAACGUUUGCUUGGGAUUCGGGGAAAGAGACAAUGAGGUCAGACGUGAGUGUUGAGAAUGUAUUCCGAAGCUAGUUCGACGAUUAAACAAAUGAAAUGUUGCUUUUCAAAUGCAUCGUGCUGGACCUCGCCCCUUCUAAGGGGCUAAUAGUGGUGCAUUAAGGCAAGGUAAGGGAGCCCACUGAGUGCUCUGCUGCCUUUUUCUCCGUCUCAGCUCCAUGAUGGAUAUGGCUCCGGCUGCAUGCUGCGUAGACACGGAAUGGGAGGGACUGCCCAUCUUCAAGCAUUUCCAUUGGUUUUACAGUCUGCGCGGCUGAGAAGGGGGUGCCGCUGAUCAUAUCCAGCAUGUUUUGCACAAGAAAUGUCAGCCAGAAAGGGCUAUCUUCUCCCUUCGCCAAAAUACACCACAAUAAUGUCAUGUUCGGACAGUCCGUCAGGAAACGCGUUUUUAGUGGAUUCUCUGAUCAGUGGGCGCAACGAGAGCGGCGGAGGGCACUACGCUGGGAGUGCGGUGUGCCUGCCUCAUAGCGCCGCAACAGAAGUGCCUUACGGACUACACAACUAUGGAUACUUUCCAGGUAUGGGGAAGCGCGCCGAGGUGGGUUCCCAAAACAUGGUAUCCGCCUCUGGUGCGUACAUGUCUAGCAUGGAGAUGUGGAUUGACGCGCAGAGGUCAUGUCGAAUGGACCAAGAGCACCCGGUGGGACCUCAGGUCGCACCCUGCUCGUUCCCGCAGAAUAUUAAGGAGGAGAGCACCUACUGCCUGUAUGAGCAGCCGAAGUGCCCCAAAGCCUCAAACGCCGAAGAUCUUACAUAUUCGAGGUUAACAGCAGCCGGACUUGGCACGAGUUCUUGUACAGUUACCGAUGGCGGCGGCAGGGGCUCAGUGCCUGUGCCGGGCUACUUCCGCUUGUCUCAGACGCACGCACAUUCUCAUAAACUUUACAACACCAACAUCCCCCAGCCGAACCCUUCCCAUUCUCAAUUUGGCCUACAACCCACCGCUCCUGCUCGCUUCCACGCGACGCCGACUACCCCGGCCACGACGCUGGACGGGAGGAUCGCUGAGGAGCCCUUGUCUUCGGGAAACACCGACCCGCAGGCUCACGCUGCGCCGGGGACCGAGGAGGCACGCGAGUCCUCGGACGCAGAAGUCUCUUCAGCUGACGAGACGGAGGAGCGUGUCAAAGAGAGACGGACGAAGACAGCUAAAGGAGAAGCAAAAGGUGAAAACACGGCCAACUGGCUGACAGCAAAAAGCGGGCGGAAGAAACGCUGUCCAUACAGCAAGCAUCAGACACUGGAGUUGGAGAAGGAGUUCCUCUUCAACAUGUACCUGACCCGAGAGCGCCGCCUAGAGAUCAGUAAGAGCGUCCACCUGACCGACCGGCAAGUGAAAAUCUGGUUCCAGAACCGCAGGAUGAAACUGAAGAAAAUGACGCGGGAAAACAGGAUCCGGGAGCUCACUUCCAACUACGGAUUUUCAUGAUGUAUGAGGUGAUCACAUUGAGAGAGAAGAUCACUGGUAAAAGCAAUGCUCCUACUCGUCUUCACCACUCUGUCCACACAUUGAUUCAUGCCAUUGGCGGACUUAUUUCCAGACUCGCUUAAAGAUCGCAGAUACUGACAAAUGUAUCGUCCUCUGUGAGCCGCUGAAAAUAAGAAAAGGGAAACAGUUAAUGUUAUGAGUUCAAUAUGUUGGUUUUCUGAUUUUGUUUGUUUUCAUCUUGUCGAAAUGUUUCAGUCACUUCCGUCGUAUGGUUGGAUGGUGUCGUCAAUGGCGUUAAAUUAACGCCAUUAAAUAAAAAAAAAUACUUUGGAAGGUGUCUUAAAAUGACCACUUCCCUCCCAAAUGCUGAAAAAUAAAUUAUGUUGUAAUUUGAACAAAUAUGAAUUUAUUUUCUAUGAAUUGGAACUGCAUGAUAUAAAGUUCUCAUUAAGAAAAUACGUUUCAACCACUGGGAUAUAAUGAAUCACCAAGGGAGGAAUAAUCACCUUUGAUUAGAUGUACUCUACCACAAUAUAGGCCUUUUCCAUGUAUGAACUAAAUGUAUGAGUUGAAUCUGUAUUCAAGUGGAGGGACGUUUACACGAAAACGCUGCGCAAGGGGGAAGUUUUUGUUGUAUAUUUCUGUGUACAUGACAUUGUGUUUGGUGUAGUGCUUAAUAAAUUAUCAGCUCAGAUUGAGGAGUAGCUGCUUGUA